AUGAAGAUUUAUCGCAAGAAGCUCGUCGUCCACUUCAUGUUGUCGGUGACCUCCUUGACCUUGGUCCAGUUACCGGCGUCAGAUGGCACUCUCUACUGGUCACGUGACGAUUUAUUUACACUGAGGGGCAACUACACCUGGGGCUCCAGCAUCAACAAGACACGCUUCACUGAGCAGGAGAAGAAUUUGAUCCUACAGAUCAGUAACGCCUACAGGAGUAUGGUGUUUCCUAGAGCUGUUGGGAUGAGGGAUUUUUCUCCCGGGCCUGGCUACAGCAUUGAGCAAGCGUUUUACAUGUUCCAUGAGGAGGGAUCUAAGUACGACAUCUAUACAGACAAGUGUACUCACUGGAAUACAUGUGGACACUAUCGUGUGCUGAUGAAUGAAAAGUCUUGUAGAAUGGGCUGUGCACUGAACUUUUGUAAGAGCUACUCACAUAGUGAAUACCCCACACCAUCCACUUUGUUGAUGUGUAGCUAUGAUGGACAGUACACCACUGACGUUAAACCCUACACUGUCGGACCUGCCGGCUCCAACUGUGAAAACAUGGGCUACAACUGGUCAAUCAAAAGGAACAACCUGUGUAUUAGCGCAACUGAACGAAAGUUUAAUUUAGGCUACGACGGCAACACUACUGUGCUAGGAUUUGAUUACAACGACGUCGUUAUGGUGGAGGAGAUGAACCUCGCCACACCAGCCUAGGCUACACCACCUGCUACAGCAACACCAGCAGUUUGACAUCUAUGAAGCGUCAGUGCGCAUGUCUGUCAGAGCAACAAAACCAUCUAAUCACUUGC